GUUAUAUGUCAUACUUAUAUGAUUAUUGGAUGUUUUAUGAACCGAAACGCAGGUUUGUUAGUGUGAGCCAAAGUGCUCCAACCUUCACGCCUCAGCGUGUUUCCCAGCUGUGACUGGCUGUGGCUGUAUGGCGGCGGGUUGCUCUCUCUGCAGGCUCAAUACAAGCAGGCCCCAAAAGCCAACCGAAAACCACCCAAAUGAUCCGCGUUAUCGACCAAGAGCAGAACAAAGUUCACCAACAGCUCACUCUGACUUGUCUGGCUUUAGAGGCGGGGGAUAGAACCCACACAUCUGCAAGAUGAUACAUCUGCGCUUCAGUUCCUCCGAGGAGAAGCCGCCGUCUGCAGAGGGAGUCCAGGAGAGGAACAGCGGUUUGUGGAGAAGAUGGUUUCAAAUGAAUCGCAAUCUCUGGCGCCGGUGUCCUGCGCACAGGCUCUGCUCGGCGUUGGCUGUUCAGCGGUCGCCCUCUUCACUUUUCUGCUGGUUCGCCAGCUCGUCAAGCAGAGAAGACCCCCGGGCUUUCCUCCUGGUCCCUCAACCAUCCCUGUGAUAGGGAACAUCAUGUCUCUGGCCACCGAGCCGCACGUCUUCCUCAAGAAGCUGAGCGAAGUGCAUGGGCAGAUUUUCAGUCUUGACCUGGGAGGCAUCCUGACGGUGGUGUUAACAGGAUAUGACUGUAUCAAGGAAUGCCUCUACCAUCAAAGCGAGGUGUUUGCCGAUCGCCCAUCGCUGCCUUUAUUCAUCAAAAUGACCAAAAUGGGUGGGCUUCUCAAUUGUAAAUAUGGCAAAGGCUGGAUUGAUCACCGUAAACUGGCGUGCAACUCUUUCCGUUACUUCGGCAGCGGCCAGAAACAGUUCGAGAGGAAGAUCUCAGAGGAGUGCAUGUUCUUCGUCGACGCCAUUGACGAACACAAGGGGAAGCCCUUCAACCCCAAACACCUGGUGACCAACGCCGUGUCCAACAUCACCAACCUGAUCAUUUUCGGACAGCGCUUCACUUACGACGACCGCAACUUCCAGCACAUGAUCGAGCUCUUCAGUGAGAACGUGGAGCUCGCGGUGAGCUCCUGGGCCCUCCUCUACAACGCCUUCCCUUGGAUGGAGUACGUGCCCUUUGGAAAACACCAGAAGCUGUUCUGCAAUGCUGCCGAGGUGUAUGACUUCUUGCAGCAGGUUAUAAAGGAGUUUUCCCAGGGCAGGGUGCCACAAGCACCUCGCCACUACGUCGAUGCCUAUUUGGAUGAGUUGGAGCAGAGCGCAGGAGCACCCGACUCCUCUUUUUCCAAUGAAAACCUCAUCUACUCAGUGGGUGAGCUCAUCAUCGCCGGCACAGAGACCACGACGAACACCCUGCGCUGGGCCAUGCUGUACAUGGCUCUCUACCCCAACAUACAAGAGAGGGUGCACAGGGAGAUCGACAGCGUGCUGACCAAUGAGAGAGCUCCCACUUGGGAGGACAAACAGAAGAUGCCCUACGCGGAGGCUGUUCUGCACGAGAUCCUACGCUUCUGCAACAUCGUGCCCCUUGGUAUUUUCCGUGCCACCACCCAGGAUGCAAAAGUCAACGGUUACUCAAUUCCCAAAGGCACCAUGGUGAUCACAAACCUCUAUUCAGUGCACUUUGACGAGAAGUACUGGAACGAUCCAGGUGCUUUCUCACCACAGAGGUUUCUGGACAGCAAUGGCAACUUUGUGAAGCGGGAGGCCUUCCUGCCAUUCUCCAUGGGGAAGCGGUGCUGCCUGGGCGAACAUCUGGCCAGGAUGGAGAUGUUCCUCUUCUUCACCACGUUGCUGCAGAGGUUUCAUCUUCAGUUUCCUCCAGGAAGCAUCCCAUCGGUCACUGCCAAACUGGGCAUGACAUUACAGCCCAAACCUUACUCCAUCUGUGCUGUCCGCAGGCAGCAGAAAAGUCCCUGCUUGUGACACUCCUUAUCAUAAUUAGGUAAACAGAACUGUAAUACAGCUUGUUCAAAUGUUCAGGUAUUAAAAUAUUUUGCACAGCAAUGCAACCACACGAUACAGGUGCAUUCAAACUACGUCACAGUUUUUCCAAAAGACUUUCAGCGAUGAAAGUAGCUCUUUACAUUUGGACAUUUCAUCCAGUUUAUUCAAUUACUAUUGAAUUAUUUGACUGAGCAAUAUGCACGUUUGCACAUUAGUUUUAAGCAGCAAGGGAGGCGACAAAACUUGAUGCUGAAAGACAUUCUGGGAACACCUGUGUGCUAUUGAUUCAGUUCUCUGAGCCCAGAAAAUGAAAUGUCUAUGAACCUUGGUGCGGUGGCGAUGGGUUAGUUGUACGUCAAUGAUUAAUAGUAAGUACACCUAUGAUGAUGGAUCAUAGCCCUGCCUCCUUCAGGUCAGACAAAUGACACCACUGAUUUGUACGUGUGGGGCUAAAUUUGGCUUUUCAAGAAAGUUCUGAACACUGCGUGUUGGAUCUGGAUGUGUGCCAUCACCUGGAUGGACCCUGACCCGCCCUCAAGGGAUUACGCUCUUCGUAAAAUGUGCCUCUUGGAAGGCAAAUGCCACCCAGGUGGAUUUCUAGGAACUGACUUUGCAACACUGGUUUCUGCUAAAUGGUGCUUCUCAGUCUUAACAGAGUACUGCAUUCAUGUUGGAGGUUAAUGUGUGUUUGUCCAUUUUUUUUGUUUUGUUGCAAUACUGGUAGUACAAGUUUUUGUGUGUGUAUUCAUAAAGUCUUAAGAUAUUUAAAACUUGCCAUGUCAUCUUUUAGCUGCUGCUAAAUUACAUAGAAAAUGUACAGAUAUCUUAUAUUUUCGACAUAUGUGUUAUCCACAUGAUAAGACCGCAGAUCAUCCCUUUGAAUACUUGCAAAAAUAAUGUCAGCCCAAUGAUUCAGUGACCCAAGUCCCAGGACAACGUACAAUAAUCAUUCGUGGUCAUACAUUUUAAACUGUUCAUAAAAAGCAGCUGCGUCCGCCAUUUUCUAAACUUGACCUCUCCCCCUUUGCUCUGCUCCCAGGACAAAAAAAGCAUUUGGAAUUCAAGACAUGUGCUUUUUGUUCUGUGGCCAUGAAUUAAACAGAAACAAAAAACAUUAGCAUCAAUAUGGAGGAAUGGUUCAUGCAAAGCUGAUCUCAUUUUCUCUCGGUUCUUUGAGGAGAGGGGUUUACAGAAUGUUUUUGCAAA